CAAAAAGUAAGAACCAAUGGCCAAUGGCGUCACUUUGUUAUUUGUUAUUGCAAUAAUGCCUUUUUGUAAUUUGGUAUUUGUAUAAUGAAUAUUUUAUAUUUUUAUUAAACCCAUAAGAAUAGGAUUAUAAAAUGAAAUAGCCAAUGCCCAAUAUUAGUUUGAUGUAUGUGCUACCAGGAUAUAUUAAUUUUUAAUUACAAUUAAUAUAUUGUAUUUGAUCGAUUACCGUGUGGCGUGUGCGUUUUUGACUUUUGAUAUUUUGCACAUGCUUCGUGUCGUUUUUUGAUUUGUACGUUUAAAAUUUUUUACUUUCCAACUGUCGGUCGCGUGCUUCUUUCGGUGGUCGUACCAAUGUUUCACUAAUGUGAAAUAUUGAAAAUAUAACAAUUGUACCUAUAGUAUUGUAACCAUUGUGUAUAAUCAUUACCAGAGAACACCGCCGAGAAUGGAUAACUGAAUAACAUUAAUUAUACCGUGUCGCGUGUCCUCGUUCAAGUUAAUCGUCAUUCAGUGGAGGCAAUGAUGACAUCUUCAAUCAGUUAAAACCAGUUACAACGAAAACGAAAAUUCCAUAUCAACCGCCAUCGUCGUUAUAGAGAAACAUGGAGAAUUUUGAAGCAACAGAAAAUGUUAUGUGUGAAACGCCCCAACAACAGCUAUUACCCAUUGAAAAUAACUGUCAGCCAGUUGAAAAUGUAUUGCUGAACAAUGAUGAUGCAGAACCUUCAAAAAUUGUAGAUCAAAUUACUAAUUCCGAAAACCAAAUAUCUGUAGAAUCAACUGAUGCCAGUUCUCAAAAUGCAAAUAUUGCUGUUGAACUUAGUUCAAUUGUUCCAACCGAUAAUUCUAUGCCACCUCUUCCACCACUUCCUAAAAAUGAUAAUGGACAAAUGCCACAACCACCAGCAGCACCAAUCUCAGCUGAUUACAACAUGCAAAACUAUGCAAACUACAAUAAUUAUAUGUACAACUAUAACAAUUAUUAUGGCUAUCCUUAUCCUCAGUACCAAUGGGAUUAUAAUAGUCAACAAUAUUAUCAACCAUAUCAAAAUUAUUACAAUUAUAAUUUUAACCAAGCAAAUCAAACCCAAACAUCAAAACCACCUCCACCACCACCUGAUGCUGUGCAGUUACCAGUUGAAGAGAAGCCAGCUAAUAAAACCAAUGCUGUCGUUGACGACUCUAAUAGAUAUUCUCCUACGGCAGAAACUGAUGAUGAUGAUCCUAUGAAAGGAUCAGAAAACUAUAAAUCUGAUGUUCUUCUUGAAAAACCUACACAAACUAUAAGUGCUGUUCCCUUUCAAACUGUAACAUCUGAACAAAUUGAAGUGCAACAAAACAUACCAGAGAGCAUUGACAAUAUAGUUCAACAGACCAUUGACCCUCCAACUCUGCCUUUGAUUACAGCAGUGCAACAGCAAGUUCCUGUGAUUGCCCAGGUGCAACUAUACAAUAUUCAGGCUCAACAAUCUAGCUAUCCAAUAAAUCCACAAAGUCAAACUGAAACUGUUAAUGAGGUGCUAAAUCAACAGCAAACCUCACCUGCAUUAAACGGCAAAGAUGACUCUAUUGAGAAAGUGUCCAAAGCAUCAACGGUGUUGGGUAAAUCCCAAGCCAAAAAACGUCUUAUGGCAUUUUCAAUGAUGAAACAAAAGUUACAAGAACAAAAUAAUUCAGUUACUGAUAAUCAGAGUCCAGAUAUUGGAGAAGGAAAUGACGGGGAAUUUGUACCGGAACAUAAUGUAUUUCAAACAGUUACAAAGAAAAAAAUUGUUACUAAUAAAAAAGUUGCUAAAGUUAUCAAGGCUCAACAAACGAUUGAACAAAUUGAAGAAAUGAAGAAAGAUGAAUUGUUACAAGGAAAUAAUGCAGCAUUAUAUCAACAUCUCUUAAGAAGUGGCGGAAAUGAAGCUCCAAUCCUUCAGAAACUUGGUAUAGAGUCAUUGGCAGAAAAAUAUUCAGCUAAGAUAAGAGAACAGGAUAAGCGCUCGAGUAGGCACCAUCACAGGCGUCGAGAUGAAUCCAGGAGAAGCCACAAAUAUCGUCGUCGUUCACAUUCAAAAUCCAGGUCUAGGUCAAGAUCAACAGAAAAGCCAAAGAUGCGAGCCCUAGAAGUCAAGAGUUGGAGAGAUUUUGUCAAAGGUGGAUUUCAUUUCGACAGAUUUAGAAGAUUCAAGAUGGAUGAAGCUAAAGAAAUGAAAGAUAAAGAGCGCAAGUCCAGAAAAAAGAAAAGGCACGGAGACUCAAGAUCUGAUAGUAAUAACCAUAAAAAUGAAUCUAACACACCAUUCGAAACAGAAAAAGGAAUUGGAGAUCAGAAAUUACGCCACAACUUAUUAGAUCGUAAAAAAGAAAUUCUGAAGGGUCUUGAGGUCACCACACACGAAGGAGACUUUACUAAGGAUUUCCCCAGCUAUAUUAUUCGAUGCACUAAAAAUAAACCAUCCAUAAAGUUUAGUGAAAAUCCAGCAAAUGCCACUUAUCAUCUUCAGAACAGACAGCAAAUGUUAGCCACACUUCUUCCAGAAAUUGAAGCAAUUGUACUCAAGUUCUUAUCUGCAAUGAAACCAAAAAAGCUCAAAGAAAAUUAUACCGAUAAUAACUGUAACAGCAUAGACGAAAAACUUUUAGUUAUGAUGAAAGAUAAGAAUAUUUAUCCAUUCAAAGGUUGGUGGCCAAAAACAAAUUUUAUUGUAACUCAAGUCAAAGAAGAUCCAAAUAUUGAAAUAGAUGAAGAUGUUUUAAUGAAUGAAUUCACAACUAGUAAACGAACUAAAAAAUCUAGAUUCAAUGAUGAUACAUCUCUUGUUGAAUUAAGACCUACUGUUCCAUCUAAGUGGGAUAGUGAUUAUGACGGUAGUCCAGCUGCUGAGAAUAAAGUAGCAUAUGUUGGAGUUACCCAAAGUGUAGAAAUGAAUACUAAUGAUAAUAUCUGCACAAUCAAAAGAGAAGAAAACAAUUCUUUGGACAUAAGCCACCAGGAAGAAGCAAUGGACACUGCAUCUGAUGUUGGUGAAGACGAAUCAAAGAUUGAAGUUAAUGUUUGUCCAGUUCUACCUGUUCAGAUUCAAGAACCACAAGGACACACUAAAUUAAAUACAGAAUAUGAAGAGUUUUUGAAAAUUGUAAAAGCUGAGAAGGAAGAAUGUGACAUUUCUAUUACUACUAAUGCGAAUGUAACUACUGAAAAAGAUUCUGAAAACAACUUAUCAAUGAAGUCUGUAUCAUUGAAUAAUGAUUCAAUACAAGACGAGUCUGAAGAGUACAUGUCCACCAAGUCUUCAGAUGAAUCUGCUUCAUUACGAAAUGCUGCCGAGGAGUCUGAUUCCAAUGAUAGAUCAUUUAAUGAAGAAUUAUCUACUAUUAAUUUAAAGAACAGAAAAAAGAAAAAAUCGUCUAGUAAAAAGUCUAAGACAUUUAAGAAUAAAGGAAGUAAAAAAAAGAGGCAUAAAUCGAGUUCCAGUGAAAGUUCACAAGAUUCAGAGUCAGAAAGUGAUAGUAGUUCAGAUGAUAGUGAUUCUGAAUCAACCGAUUCAACCUCUACGGUUGAAAAAAAGAAAAAAAAGAAAUCAAAAAAUAAGAAAAAAAGAAAAACCAAAACAAAUUACAAAAAGAAGCACAGGAGUGAUAAGAACAAGACUAAAAGUCCUGAAGAUGAAAAAGAUGCCAAUAGUAGUAUUCUCAAUUUAAUCGAAAAAGCAUUAAAUGUUGAAAUUAAAAAAAGACCUUCUGAUAGUAAAGAACCUAAACAUAAGAAGAAGAAAAGAAAACACGAAAAAAAAGAAAAUAAAUUAAAUGAAGAGAAUGAUGACAAAUUUGAAAAAGUUAAAGAUUGUUUAAAAGAAACAAUUACAAAAUUGGUUAAAACAGAAAAAGUGAAUAAAAGCCAGUCUCUUUCAUGUGAUGACACUGUCAUUGAAGUAUUAAAAUAUUUAAACGACAAAGAAAAAAAGAAUAAAAAAUCAAAGAAAAGUUUAAAAAGAAAGCAUGAAUCAGAUAUUUCUGAUGAUGAGGAAACUCCUAAAAAAUCUAAAUUAGUUGAUAGUUCUUUUAAACCUAAAGAUAAUGAUAAAAAAAAGAAGAAUAAAAACAAAAAAUCUGUUGAUUCAGAUGAACACAUAAUAAAAAAAAAGUCUAAAAAAAAAUCUAAAACUACUGAUACUUCAGAGGCUGAAGAUGUAGAAGUUUUAAACCAAAAUAAAAGUAAAAAAGAUUCAGUUCAGUUUUUUGAAUUGCGACCCAAUGAGUGGAACACAAUUAAAAAAAGUUCCAGGAGGGGAGUCGUCCAUCACUCGGAAUUAAAAAAUAGAAGUAAAACAUCACCUGUACAUGAUACCAAUAAAUACAAUAAAAAUGUUAGAAAAAAAAAAUCUGACUCACUUAAUUUAAUAGAUAAAUGUCCUCCUACAAAUAGCAGUAAAAACAAAUAUGAAAUACCCAAAUGUCUUAAUGAAUUUAAUGAAAACGUUGAGGAAAAAGAAAGUAAAAAAAGAUCGCAAAAGCCCAACAAAAAUAUCAAAAGUGACAAAAUUGACAAUGUUUCAAAACAUCUAGUUGAAGAAAACAAAUUAAUUAAUUUUAAGAACUCUGACCAUGAAUCUAAUGAAAAAGUAAAGGAUUGUACUGAAGAAAAUUAUGAGUUGUUAAACAAAUCUGCUGACAAAUCUCCUAUUGAUAUAUUUAAACUUAAAAAUGAUAAUACUGAACAGCAUGAUACAAAUAAAGAUCUACAGAGUAUUUUUAAACCACAGACCCAAAGUGUACUACCAAUUGAUUUAUAUGAUAAACCUCCUAUUACUUGUACUGUUAUUAGAGCUGCUACAGAAACUGUAUCUUAUAGGGAUAAAGUAAAAAUGAAUUUAAAGAAACUUUCAACUUGUCAAAAUAUACCAUUUGGAUUUGGAUUUUCUUCACCAAUUAGCCUAAUUAAAUCUGAUAAAAUCAAAGAUCUUAAAGUGACCUUAAAAGAAGAAGAAUCUAAUAAUGAUGAACCAAAAGUUAAUGAAGCACAAUUUUUAAAGUCUGAUACACCCAAAGUAGUUAAUUUUUCUCAAACACAAAUAGAAAAACCGGAUGUAACUAAAAAAGAAUUACUUAAAAUUAAUAUUGAAACUAAUGACAAAGCAUUAGAUCAUAGUUAUGAUUGGGAUGACUCUGAAGAAUCCAAUACUGACCAUUCACUUGUUACAAGCACUAAUACAUCAGAACAUUCAAGUGAUGAAGGAGAAAGUGAACAAAUUAAUUCAAAUUUAUUGAAAAAUGACCCACCAAAUAUAUCUAAUAAAAAUGAAACAUUCUCAAAUGAUAGUGAAUUUAAAAAACUCGAGGAACUUACAUCUAAUGUGUUUCAAACAAAUAGUAGUUCAGAUUCAGUAAUCAAAGAACAAGAAAUUCCUUUAGUAGUUGACAAUUUUCUUAUGGAGAAAGAAAUAACCACUCUGUCUAAUUCAACUGUUUCCUCUGAUCAACAUUUAGAUUGUAAUACUGAAGGUUUGGAAAAUGAGGUUGUAUCAGUUAAAACAGAGAAAACAAAUUCAGAUCCUAUGUACUCACAAAAGUCUAGCACCAAUAUACUAGAAGUUUCUAAAUCCAACAAUGAACUAAUUACUCAAUGGACGUCAGAUUGGAUAAAUUUGGAUAAGUCAGUUACUGAAAUUAAUCAUUCAAGUAAUUCUAAAUCUGGGGAUGAAGAAUUACAAUUAAAAAAGAAAUCUCGUUGGGAUAAACAACCCAUGGAUAAUGAAAUAGGCAAAUUACAGAGUUUUAAUAAUAGACAGGAAGUGUAUAAGGAUGAAACUGAAACAAGCAUCUUAACUGAUGAACUAAAAUAUACUACAUCUAACAAUGAGGAUGAUCUUUAUAACGAACAAAACCAAACAUGUGAAAUAAUGUCAAUAAAUUGCAUGAAUGAUGAUUAUCAUGAAAUUAAUCCUUAUGCAUAUGAUGAUUACUUUCAAACUUAUGAACAAUACACUGGUAUACCUAUGUAUUCUGAAAUGAAAACGAUCGAACAUGAUUUACUAAGUCCAAUUGACUAUAGUGUGUAUGAAAACUUUAAUCCAAAUUAUAGUUACCAUACUGAAGAUUAUGACAUGUGGAAAUCUGUAGAUACAGAUACAUCUGAACACGAGAUAAAAGCCAUUCCAACCAUUGAUGAAACAGUUUCACAAUUGGUCAAUGUUUUUGAAAAUUUUCCGUCUGACAAUGUUGGUGAAGUUGAAUUUUCUAAAGAGGAAGUACCAAAUGAAAACAUUGAUACUAUCAUUUCAGACACUCGGGAGGAAAUUGUCAAAAAUGAAAAAUCAGAUAGUGUUAGUCGCGAUGAAUUAUUCGUCAAACUAUAUCAUCAACAUUUUCAACACUACAAUCAAAAUCCAAUUAAAUACUCACUGAGUGAUCCUGUUAUAAUUAAUACAGACAAAGUCAAAGUCAAUAUUCCAGAUAGUUUGACAUCUCAAGAAAAGUUGCCUGAAACUGAACAAAAAUCUGAUGAUAUAAUGUCCAUACCUUUACAAACUCGAGCAUAUGUAUGUAUACUUGACGACAAUAAUACCAAUCUUUAUCUUACCAGUGACAAUUACAUGGCAUAUUGUGCUGUUGAGGAUAGAUGUAUGGUGCACAUAUCUGUAAAUGCAUGUAACCGUGAUGGAAUUGGUAAUGAUGUCCGACAUUGUUUCAAUGUAAACUUAAGUGGAUCAAUAAAUGAGUAUUGGUUACAUGCAGAUUUAAUUCCAUUUCAUGCUCCAUCUGAUGCUGAAUCAGGUGUGUUCAGUGAUGACGAGAGGGACUCUUUGGAUUCAGAUUCUGGUCAUGAAGAGGAUGUAAAUAAUUACAAUAACGAAAACAAUGAUCAUAUAAUUGAAAGUGAAUGGGAAAUAGUUGACAACAUUCAUGACAAUGUCAAUAGCUGGCUAGAUGAACCAUAUAUACUUAAAAAAUAUAAUAUUGAACAUGAUGUUGGUCAUAUCAAUCAAGAGCAUUAUGUGACUAGUUCCUCCGAAUGUGACACAGAUGGAAGUGAAUUUUCAGAUUCUUAUGUUGAAAUGUAUAACGAUAAACAAAAUACUAAUGAAGAUCAUUUUAAAAAGUCUCUUGAAACUAAAGAUGAUAAUCACAAAUACCAAGAUAUGAUUGAUGAAGUCACACCUUCAAAUGUUUCUGAAAAUACUGAAAAUACUGAUUCAUUAGUAAAAACUGAAGAGUGCAUAAAGUCAUCCGAAAAAUUAGUUUUGAAUGUUGAAAUUAAAAAUGAAAUUGAUAUGCUAGAGGUUGUUAAUGGGAAUAAUAUAACUUCAAAAAUAAAUUCAGAAAACAAUGAUGUCUUAGGGAACUUAGUAGAAGAAGUAAACAAUGAUAACGUCUCAGUAAUUUCAAAAGAAAAAAUAAACCUUGAUGACGUCUCAGUAAUGUCAGUAGAAAAAGGAAACAACCUUGAAAAUGAAUCAGGUGUAUUUAUGAAAGAAGAAGUUACUGUUGCUGACCUUUCAAUGAUGGAAACCAUUAUUAAUCAAAAGAUAUUAAUUCAGAAAUUAAAAAUUCGCGCAAAAGAAAAAAUUCGUGAGAAACUGCCUGACACAAUAAUGAUUCGCUAUAGUGACAACAUGGAUACCAUUAAACAUCCAUUCUUAGGACUGUUUCAGCCACCAACUAACAGUAUCCUAUCUAAACCAAGGUCUACUAAAUCACCACGCACUUUAAACUUAUCUAAACGUGUGACUUUUGCUGAUGGAAUCCGUCCUGGAGACAAUUUGGCAGCAUCUCCAACGCACGACGACUUAGGUUGUCCAUUAUCACCUCCUCCUCUUAAAACAUUAAUGCGAGAAACAUUAAAAUUCAAACGUAACAUGUAUCCAUUUAAAAGAUCAAAGGUACGCACUAAAUUGACAAUGGUUAAAAAGAAAGUGGCCAAAGUUACACCCUCAAUUAAGGAAACCAAUCCAUCCGUCAUUGAGUAUUAUAUUAGCCGCCGUCGUCUUGCAGACUUGCCUAUUGGAGAAGUCCCCAAUAGUAGUUUCUUAAGUUCCGAUCAUUCAUCGAAUAAUAAUGAGGGAACUGAAAAAAAUUCUACACCACCUAGACCCACAAGAGAAGUUACUCCAGUGCCAUCUGAUACUGAGUGUUGGAAUGACGACGAUACCAUUAAAAACAACAGAUAA